UGCUGUCAGCGUGUUGCAUGUUUGUAAUGUCCGUGCGGCGGUGUCGAAGAGCCAGUCGUUGAGCAGCUCGCCAACACUGAACAGGACACUACGGGUCGCUGAAAAGGGAUCGAAGAAUAGUGAAGGAAAAAAUCAAACCUCGGUCAGUUUUAUUUUCAAACCAUCAUGUCGUCCAAUGCCCCUCCAACGCAAGGGAAAACGUUUGGCUUUGGUAUGGUAGCCUUUAAGAAGUUUCCAGAGCUAAUACCACUGGCCGUCAUCAUCGGAGGCGCAUGCGUGAUGUGUGGUUCCUUCAUGGCGUAUGCAAUUGCUACCAAGCCUGACGUUAGAGUUGUAAAGGGAAGUGAGCUUCCACCCCACGAGAGGCUAAAGCCCGAACAGAGCACCAAGCUGGUUACGAUCAACCAGAAGUACGAGGCUAUUCCAGAGCUGGAGCAGCUGAGGAAGGAGAUCGGUAGCUUCAAGCCUUAAGCGAGAAGCUCUUAGGGAUGUCAGUCUUAAAACAUACCACAAAAACUAGCAGCUUGUUGUAGAGAAUAUGUAUCUCCACCAUAGACUCUCGUCCGAGAUCAUCCAAGAUGUGGCGUGAUCAAAGCGACACCUAGCGGGCGCCCGUUUCGUCACUAUCAUCUUUGAAUUUUAAUUUAUUCCAGUGUCUUAAUUGGUUUCUUAAAUAAAACGUUACAUACACUUUAGGGAAAAGCAAAGUAGCAGCUAUAAAGACUUCUUCACCAGCAAUGUUUCACAACAGAAGUGACAGAAUCUGUGUUUAGCAUAGUUAUAUUACUAGUUUAUGUGUCUUAUUCUGUAUAAAUUUUGUAGUUGUGAACAUUAUGAUAACAUUAAUGAGUGUAUUUUUGUAUGCUAAUGUUAAAUGAGCUAAAUUAAUAUAUAGAGUAUUGACUGUGCUAUGUUGUGUUGAGAUAGAACCAUUCCACCCAUCCUUUUGUAUAUAUGUGAAUGUAAAAGCUGAAGGUUUAAUGUUUAAUGCAAAGAGAGGAAAAACCGCGUCCAAGGGAAGUAACUCUCUAACAUCUUGAAAUCGGGUAUUCAAUGGGACAGAUUGUCUACCUGAUUUUAACGUGUUAAAACAAAUUAAAAGCACGUAAAAAAAACGCAAAAAUAGUACAAAAAGAAAAUAAAAAUAGAAAAAUAUGGCAAAAAUACUCAAAACAGAAAAUGAAACUGUUUCGAAUGUCUUACAACAAAGAAAACAUAAGACUUUUUACCAACGUGUACAACAACGUGUACAAAAAAAAACAAACAUGUAGCAUCAAUUUUGAUCGAGUGGCCCGAGAUGCGAAACAGAAGUGCUAUUGACAAAACCAUAUGACCAAAUUUGUAAUAGACGUACACAGGGGAAAAAAAUAAAAGAAACUGUAACUAACUCAA